AUGUCUAUAAGACCUUUACCACCCGCUCUCGCGGAAAAAGCACGCGUAGAAUUGAACGAAGACCCAAAAAGGCUAAAGGAUGAUUUACAAAGUAUUAAGGACUGGAUUGCUAAGCAGCCUCACCUAAAUGCAAGAACAGAUAAUCAGUGGCUCGUGGCUUUCCUCCGAGGUUGCAAGUAUAGCUUGGAGAGAACUAAAGAAAAAUUAGACAACUAUUAUUCAAUGCGGACUACGGUUCCAGAGUUAGAGCGUAUUAAGUACAGCGAUCCGCUUUUUGAUGAAGUUUUGAGUUUAGGAGUUUCUGUUAUAUUGCCUAAUACAUCCGGACCAGAUGGACGAAGAAUUAAUUUGAUGCGACCCGGUAAAUACGAUCCCAACAAAUACAAUAUAAUGGACAUCAUGAGUGUAAAUUAUACAUUGAUAAAGAUACUUCUGGUGGACGAUGAUCACAUGACUGUGUCUGGUAUUGAAAGUAUCGGCGACAUGGAAGGACUUUCCUUAGGGCAUUUUCUUCAAAUGACACCAGUAGUCAUAAAGAAACUGGUUGCCGCGGGACAGGAUGCAGCACCUUUGCGAAUAAAGGGGACCCACUAUCUUAAUACACCAGCAGGAUUCGAAAAGGUUUACAACUUAAUGAAGAGCUUUCUUAACGAAAAAAAUAGAAAUAGGCUCUAUAUCUAUAACAACAAGAAUUAUGACGCUAUGUACAAAUAUAUCCCAAAAGAGAUCUUACCUGCUGAGUACGGUGGAAAUGGUGGUUCCAUUGAAGAAAUAAUUGAUUACUGGAGGAGCAAAGUAAAGGAAUAUAGUGCGUGGCUAGAAGAAGAUUUUAAAUAUAAGACAGACGAGUCCAAGCGUCCUGGCAAGCCUAAGACUGCUGAAGAUAUGUUCGGAGUAGAAGGGUCUUUUAGACAGUUAGAGUUUGACUAA